GCGGUCUUGACGCGGCCCUCACAUCCAUCCUAUCAGAUGCAUCCUUACUUGUGGCGUUCUUGUGCUCGUGGCUCUCUCCCGGCGCCGCCUGGCCAAGGCCCGCGCUGCCGGGUGCCAUGGCCAUUCUUGACGACAAUAGUGCCUCGCCAUGAUAAUGCUACGCACCACCGCCGCUGCACCACCGCCAGAGGCGCCAUUGCCGGAAACGUCAUGAUUGCCUCCCAGCUGUCUCCUCACCUGUCCCAAGUCCCACAGGGCUACCAAGCCAGACUAGACUGGGGCCCACCAUGCCUUCAAAGGUCCAGGGACUGCCGAAAUUACCUGGUAG